AUGCAAGGCAUAAGAAUUAUGGCGGCCGUAAAAAAGUGGAUCAUGUUCGACCGGACCCGAGUAGAAAGUGAAACCGCUCCGUACGGAUACUUUAUAAAUUGUAGCAACGACGGUAGCGAGCUCAGUCGAGGCGCACGCGUCGUACCGCGUCAGUCACGCCAUCUCUGGACGAAAAUGCACACACUAAUCCUGGCUGCUUUGGCUGCCGUAACGACGGCGAUGCCAUCCUACAUCGCGGUACCUGCAGAUCAGAUCGCGUUUGUGGAUCUGACGGCGUUGCGUGUGCGUCGCGUGCCAAGACAGACCCUGUCACCGCCACCUCCACCACCUCAAAUACCAUUACCACAGCUCCCACAGGCGUUCUAUGAACAGGAGUACCCUACAACUCUGCAGCAGUAUCAGCAGCAGCCAGGCUUGACGCCAGUUCCAGUCCCAGUUCAAGUCCAAGUUCAAGAGAAUGAGGCUCCAGCUAGACUCGUCAGACUGCAGCAACAGCCACAACAGCAACCGCAGCCACAAGAUUCCAUCGGUUCAACUACCUUCGGAGCUGCCUCUCAAUUUGCAGAAAGACCGCCUGACUUCGGGGAGUAUGUAGAUUUCGGAGCUCAUACAGGAGACCAUGGGUCCUUCGGCUGGUACGCCGAUUACCCAGUGAACAAUCAUCAAGAUUCUAGCUACAGGAAGUAG